UUUUUAUUUCAACAACCGAAACCAGUGAUCUCUGUUAACAUGUCUGGACGAGGAAAGACCGGCGGCAAAGCCAGAGCGAAGGCCAAGACCCGCUCCUCCCGGGCCGGCCUGCAGUUCCCCGUGGGCCGCGUCCACAGGCUGCUGAGGAAAGGAAACUACGCCCAGCGAGUCGGGGCCGGAGCUCCGGUGUAUCUGGCCGCCGUGCUGGAGUAUCUGACCGCUGAGAUCCUGGAGCUGGCUGGAAACGCCGCCCGCGACAACAAGAAGACCCGCAUCAUCCCCCGACACCUGCAGCUGGCUGUCCGCAACGACGAGGAGCUGAACAAGCUGCUGGGAGGCGUCACCAUCGCCCAGGGAGGAGUGCUGCCCAACAUCCAGGCCGUGCUGCUGCCCAAGAAGACCGAGAAGGCCGCGAAAGCCAAGUAGAUCAGCUGUAUCCCGACGAAACCAAAGGCUCUUUUAAGAGCCGCCAACAUCAGAGUCAGAGCAGAGACGUCCGACAUCACUGCACUAGAAAACACUAGAAACACGAUCCAUCUCACUGUCCCGUACUGGGGUCUUUAUGCUGUUACUAAUGCCGCGUUCCAUUUGUCCUCGGAAGUGGGGAUUUCCCAGUUCCCAGUCGGAAUUUUCAACUGGAACGCCCCUCGAAGUUGGAUUUUCCAUUGGGAAAGUGGGAGAGUCUUCACCACCAUAGACAUAAAAACGUAGACGCCCCAUCGAGCGCUGCAUCGAUACGUCAACGUCGCCGCCAUAUUGGAUGUGGCAAGACUGCGCUGUAAACUGAUACAAGUAAAUUGACUUAUUUUCAUAAAGCGCCUUUAUA